UUCGACUUUCGUUUUUGAUAAUGUUCCGACAAUCAAAAACAUUGCUACAAAUAUAUUUAUAAAAAAAUGUUGGUAAUUAACUAUAUAUAUUUUUGUGAAUGUUAAAAGAAAUAUUGAGGCUUUGCUGGUUUGGAACCGACUUAAAGAGUAGAUUUCCGCUCAAGCUGAUGUACCAUCACAGAGGUCGUGGGAGAGGUUACGGAGGUCAUGGUAGAGGUCGUGGUGAUAGAGGAAGUGAUGGAUGGAAGGAACGCCAUGCUUACAGUCAUGAUGCUGAAGAUGGCGACACAGGUGAAGGUGAUGAGGGGUCAAGGUCGAACCGACCCCCACCUGGUCUUAAAGGUCGAGCCAUCGGAAUGUGGUAUGCACAGAGAAGUCGAGGCAAGAAGAAGCAACAGGAGAAAAUGAACCGUCCAGUGGUCAGCAUGGAAGUGCACCGCGAACGUCACAUUCGACAGCUGCUGGACAACAUCAGCGCAACGGACAGUUUCGCCGAAGCGUGUCAGAAAGACGCUUCGCCAUUUGAUGACAGGUUCCCACCGAGCACUGCCUCGACUUCCCGCAGUAACCAUGGUAACGGAGCAGUCGCAUCUGCAGUAAGCCCAACGACAGCUGAUUCACAGAGCGAAGUUGAAGAUGUACCGAUGGAUGACGUCCCGUCGAUAUCAGAGCUGAUAGAGUUUGAGAAGGCCGAAGAUGAAUAUCCCAUUCCAGAAUGUGUUGAUGUACUUAAUGAAGAGUUUGCUGGAUGCAUGGGAGACAACUCGGACCCAGCUCUAGACAAGAAGUAUCGGAUGGCGUUACUCGAUAAACAGACAGAUCAGAAGUACAGACACAUGCUGGAGUUCCGGAAGAAACUCCCAUCGUACAACAUGAAAGAGGAGAUCCUGCAGAAAAUACAGAACAACCAAGUGUUGGUUAUCAGCGGUGAGACGGGCUGUGGGAAGACAACUCAGGUGCCCCAGUUUAUUUUGGAUGAUUACAUUCAGUCUAAUCGCGGUUCGCAGUGUCGCAUUCUCUGCACCCAGCCACGACGGAUCAGUGCUAUAUCAGUUGCAGAACGAGUAGCAUCGGAGAGGUGUGAGUCGUGUGGAGGAAACAGCAGUGUCGGAUAUCAGAUCAGACUCGAGUAUCGUCUUCCUCGGAGGAAUGGGUCGAUCUUGUACUGUACAACCGGCAUCGUUCUCAAGUUUCUCGAGUCAGAUCCGUAUUUGAAAAGAGCAACUCAUGUUAUCUUGGAUGAAAUCCAUGAACGGGACUUGCAGUCAGAUUUCCUCAUGAUCAUUCUAAAGGAUCUGUUGCCACGUAGACCAGAUCUCAAGGUCAUCUUGAUGAGUGCCACUCUCAAUGCAGAAAUGUUUUCAAAAUAUUUUUUCAACUCUCCGAUGCUGAAUAUCCCCGGCUACACGUUUCCCGUCGAGGAAUACCUCCUAGAAGAUGUUGUUGAACUUCUGAAGUAUACUCCACAGAGUGAGAAACGGCCACAACGUCGUCAACAUCAUCAGCGUCAUAACCGCGGUGAAUACAACCAAGAGAGAGAUGAGGAACAGUGGAACUAUGAAGUCUGGUGUCGAAAUCUAAAAGGAGAUUACUCCGACUCGACAAUAAGAGCUUUACAGGUGAUGGACUUCAGUAAGGUUGACCUUGACCUUAUAGCUGCUCUCAUCCGGCAUAUCUGUCUCAAAGAUGGGGAGGGAGCUAUUCUUGUGUUCGUGCCUGGCUGGGCAGAAAUCAGCAAGCUGAACAAGCAGUUAACCAGCGAGCGAAUGUUUCACUCUAAUAAUUUUCGGAUCAUUCCUCUACAUUCCUUAAUGCCGACAGUGAAUCAAAAACAGGUGUUUGAGAGACCUCCACCGGGCGUGAGGAAGAUCAUCAUAGCAACCAAUAUCGCGGAAACUAGUAUCACCAUAGACGACGUGGUUUUCGUGAUUGAUUGCGGUAAGAUCAAGGUGAAGGACUUUCAGCCACAGAACAACUUGAGUACUCUGGAGUCGAAGUGGGUUUCCAAGGCGAACUCCAAACAGAGGAAGGGCAGGGCAGGCAGAGUUCAGGCCGGUAAAUGCUAUCACCUGUACACCAGCCUACAGUGGAAUGGCUUCCAAGACUACCUCCUGCCCGAGAUUUUGAGAACGAGACUGGAGGAGCUGUGUUUACAGAUCAAACUGCUCAAGCUGGGGAAGAUCACUCCAUUUGUUUCUAAAGCAAUGCAGCCACCAUCCAUGGAAUCCCUGGAACGAGCCAUCGUCACCUUACAAAACUUGAAUGCCCUGGACCGGGACGAGAACCUGCUACCCCUGGGUUACCACCUGGCGCGGAUGCCGGUCGACCCUCAGACGGGGAAGAUGAUUCUGUUUGGGGCAAUGUUCUGUUGUCUCGACCCCAUCCUCACGGUCGCUGCCAGUCUCAGCUUCAAAGAUGCGUUCAUCAUCCCACUUGGUAAAGAAUCGGACGCUGAUCGUGCCAGGAAACGGCUGUCUGAGAACUCAAUGAGCGAUCAUCUGAUGUUGGUGAACGCUUUCCAGGGAUGGGAAGAGUCGCAGUCAACAGGAAAUGACCGAAACUACUGCUGGGAAAACUUUCUGUCUGAAAACACCUUAAAAUUACUGCGAGACAUGAAGAGACAGUUGGCAGAAUUGCUUCAUGAUCUCGGCUUUCUAAAGUCCAAAUUGCCUCAUGACCCUUCUUCCAACCUCUAUUCAGACAAUCAAGGCUUGUUGAAGGCUGUCUUGUGUGCCGGACUUUACCCAAAUGUAGCAAAAGUCCACAAAUGUCCAAAACCAAAUCAGGAAUUCAAAACGGUGGCACUGCAUACAAAAAGUGAUGGAAAAGCUCACAUCCAUCCGAAGUCUGUGAACGCCCACGCGACUCACUUUGCCUCAAAGUGGAUUGUUUAUUACCACAAACUGAAAACGGCAAAGAUCUAUGUUCAUGACUGUACAAUGGUAUCACCAUACCCUCUUCUGUUCUUUGGUGGUGAAAUCACCAUUGGAAAGGACGGGGAUCAAGACAUUGUUGGUGUGGACGACUGGAUCGUCUUCAGAGCUUCUCCAAACACGGCUCAGCUUGUUAAGGAUCUCCGCAGUCAGCUGGAUCGGCUGCUAGAGGUGAAAGUCACUCACCCAGGUCCCACCAACUGGAAUACGUCGGGAACCGAAGGAGCCAUCAUGAAGGCCAUAUCCGACCUGAUCACAACCGAAGACAACCAGAGUAACCCAGGUCGUCGCGACCUUCCAGACGGUUCGUUUUCACCUGGAUCGGAUCACGACGGUUCCAGGUCCUACCACGAUGGUCCCAGGCAGUCAUCGCAUGAGACAGACUGGGAUUCACGUUCGCAUGGUCGAUCCUCGCACAAGACAAACAGGGACUAUGAUGAUUGGUCUUCCGGUCAUAGUGUCUCAAUGAAACGACUAAGAAUUGGUCCUGGACCAAAGACGCACACGCGUAAAGGCCGACACAAGCGAUUUGAUGAUGAUGAUUGGUGAAUCUGAGAUGUAAAUUUAUGCAAAGGUCGACACAAGUGUUUUGACGAUUAUGAUUAGUGAAUCUGUUAUAUGUAAAUUUAUAGAGAUUAAUUUAUAUUUCUUGCAAGAAAUAUUUUGAUGCUUAGAGAUUUUAUAGUGGUAUAUGAAAGGAGCAGGAUUGGGGGGUAGGGAGAGGCAUAAAUAGUGUAUUCAUUUGGGGGUGGGGUCACAGGGAGUCUAUGACCUAAAACUGUAUACGUUUUUGAAUGAUAUUUUGUGAUAAAUUUGUACAAUUUUACAUGAAAUAAACAUCUCUGUGUAUAGAUUUUUACUUCUAAAGAGAAAAUCAAAACACACAAGCCUUCCAGUACGAUGUCAGUCUGUAAACAAGGAAUGCACUAUUUGUUUGACGACAGAUUUAAUUUUAAAACAGGUUGUCAUUUAAUACCAUGAGCUUUUUCAUCAGAACUAUCACAUAGGCUACAUAAACGGAUAAAGCAGCAAGGGGUCUUUUAUAUGCAUGUGUGUAGACAUGACAGUACAUACCAGUCUUUUUAAUGCACCAGUUGUGCAAAAGCACCAGGCUCAUGCUACAUUGUUCUUCAAGGUUCUCCAACAAACUUUUUGUUUUACUACUAUUUAAAGAGACACACCCUAGUUACGUUUAUUUGUUAACCAUUACGGCGUUGUUUUUCGCUAUUAAACCCCCAUUUUUCACAAAUAAAAUUGCACUUUACUUA